ACGUUUGAUAUAAUUCAGCACUAUGUAGGAUUUAAUUAUUAACCGAAUGAAAAAUACAAUUACUUUUUAUUUUUUUCAAAAAAUUGUCAUUUUAGCCAAACCAAAAAUUGGAUGUAAUAGUAUUUAUAGCUUUUUUUCAUUCGCAAUUGGUCUACUAGUAGAUAUCGUAACCAUAUUAAAGUCAAAGAAGAACGAACGUGAACAUCUUUGCUGCAAAAAUUGAAUAUUAAGUUAGGGUUAAAAAUAAGCGAAAAUGGCUGAUGAUGGCAGAAUACAGAAAAUGGAGGUGGAUUAUACAGAUACAGUGGAUAAGAGAAUACCGGAAUGUGAGCAACUUGGAAAGGAUGGAAAGUUGAGUGAAGCUUUGGAGAGUAUGCUGUCCCUGGAGAAGCAAACGAGAACGGCGGCCGACAUGCAUUCCACAGCACGUAUCCUCGUGGCUAUUGUCAAAAUCUGCUUUGAGGCGCGCGAUUGGGACACCCUCAAUGAACACAUUGUUCUCCUCUCAAAAAGAAGAAGUCAGUUGAAGCAGGCUGUAGUUAAGAUGGUUCAGGAAUCGUGCACCUACGUGGAGCAGACGCCAGACAUGGAGACGAAGCUGAAACUAAUCGAUACACUAAGAACAGUCACAGCAGGAAAGAUUUACGUUGAGAUUGAACGGGCUCGUCUGACGAUGACCCUCGCAAAGAUCAAAGAAGGACAAGGGAAUAUCACAGAGGCUGCCGACAUCCUACAAGAACUCCAGGUGGAGACCUUUGGCUCCAUGGAGAAGAAGGAGAAGGUGGAGUUUAUCCUGGAGCAGAUGCGGCUUUGUCUCGCCAAGAAGGACUACAUCCGCACUCAGAUCAUCAGCAAGAAAAUCAGCACCAAGUUCUUUGAUUCCACCGAUGAAGAGGUCCAGGAGCAAAAGUUGAAGUUCUACAAGUUGAUGAUUGAGUUAGACCAGCACGAGGGGGCGUAUCUUGAUACCUGCAAGCAUUACCGUGCCGUCUAUGACACGCCCAUCAUCCAGAAGGAGGAUUCUAGGUGGAAGGAGGGUUUGAAGAAUGCGGUCCUGUACCUCAUUCUGGCCCCGUUUGACAACGAACAGUCGGAUCUGAUUCACAGGGUCAACCUUGAGAAGAAGCUUGAAGACAUUCCAAAAUACAGGGAUUUGUUGAAGUGUUUCACGACCCCAGAGCUGAUGCGAUGGCAGCAAGUUUGUGCAAUCUAUGAGAGUGAGUUAAAGAAGGGUUCCACCGGAAGCCCCCCAACGGAUGUCUUUGCCGAGACCGAGCAAGGUGCACUUCGAUGGAAAGAUCUGAGGAACAGGGUCGUUGAACAUAAUAUCAGAGUGAUGGCCAAAUAUUACACCCGUAUCACAACUGCAAGGAUGGGAGAACUCUUAGAACUAUCAGGAGAUGAGGCGGAAGCGUUCCUGUCCAAGCUGGUUGAGAAGAAGACCAUCUACGCCAAGGUAGAUCGGCUGGCUGGUAUCGUGGACUUCAUGCCCCACAAGGACCCCAACGACAUCCUCAACUCUUGGUCCAACAACCUCAACGACCUCAUGCACCUUGUCAAUAAGACUACCCAUCUUAUCAACAAAGAGGAGAUGCAGCACCAGUUUGCUCACUGAUUUCCGAUCAUUAUUUAUGAAGAAAAAAAUUAGUUCUACUUUACAAACAUUUGCAACAUGCACACUGUAAAAACUGUGGUGUUAAAACUGACACCAAUUGGUGUUAAUAGAGGACCACACCCUGAGGUGUUAAAAUAACACCCUAGAGAUUGAACAUAACACCAAAGAGUGUAAAUGUAACAACCAUAGGUGUUGUAAUAACACCUAUAGGUGUAAAACUAACACCACCAAUUUAACACCGGUGUAAAAUAACCUGUGUGGUCCUCUAUGUACAUCGGUUAACACCACAGUUUUUGCUCUACCUGCAGGUAGAGAAAUAAAUAGGGGAUGCACUUAAAGUUAGCUCUCUGAUCCCUGAAAAUAAGUUCUACUCAAUAAACAUUUUGCAGCAUGCAGGUAGAUAAAUCAAUAGGGGAUGCACUCAAAGUUAGCUCACGGAUCCCUGAAAAUUAGUUCUACAUGUACUUGAACAUUUUGCAAUAUGCAUGUAGAGAAAACAAUAGGGAAUACAAUAUCAGUUAGCUCACCGAACCCUGAAAUUUUUUCUACUCGAUAAACAUUUUGCAACAUGCACAGUGCCGCACAAAAGUUAGUGAACCUCGCCAGAAAAUGAAUAUAUUUAACGUAUUCAAGUUCUGCCAUGUAUUAGAUAUUUAAUUGUUAAGUCAGUUGAUAAAAUAUUACAUUAAUUAGAAUUUGUUUCGCUUGGCUCGGAGAACAUUUUAAUGUCUUUGUCUACAUUCAUUACUCCAAAUAAAGGAGUGCAUUUUGUGAAGGGGUUCACUAACUUUUGAGCACAACUUUACAAAGAGAAAACGUUAGGGGAUCCAGUACCAGUUCACUCACUGAUUCCUGAUGAUCAUUUCAAAAGAAAACAUAGUUCGCCUUCAUAGACGGUGUGCAGCGUGCAUUUGGAGAAAACAGUAGGGGAGGCACUACCAGUUCCCUCUCUAGUUCCAGAUGAUUAUUAAAGAAAGAUAAUUAGUUCUUGAUAAACAUUUUGCAACAUCCAUGUAUAGAAAACAAGGCACACUGCCUUAAUCAUCACUUCCCCCUGACCACCUUACAAGUCAAAGAAAUAAAAUAAAAUCCCUGACAUAAUGGCUUUGAAGAAGAGCAGUAUUUUGUCAACACAGCAUCGUUUCUCGACAAUACGGAAAAAAAAUGUAUGUCUGUGAAGAAUGUAGUCGGUUAAAAUCUUUCCGAGGAAAACAUACACGUACAUGCGAGACUGAGGGGUUUCUGAUUGAUGGCUUACAUACUUAAUCAGAAAUUUUGAGCAAUUGUUUUCAGGAUUUCUUCAACAAGUAAUUUGUAGCCGUUUGUCCUGUCCUUUUAUAAAAGAGAAGAUUGUUGGCCACCUUUAUAUACAUGUAUGUUAAGGUGCUAAGAACAGUCGCAUACCAACAUCAAAAGUCACUGUAGCUUAUUAAUUGGAGUCCGCCUACAACAUACCACCUCGUAUGUUAAUUUCAACUGGAAGAUUGAAUAAAGUUUGGGGACUCAUGCAGCUCAAUAGUUUGCAAACUGAUCUCUCAAUGCUUUUUUUAUGGUCAGUAUAUACUUUCAAAAUGAAUAUUCAUGAUAAAAUUCUUGUUUAUGGCAUUGAAUGUAUUGUCUAUAGAUGCUUUCAUGAAUACAUUUUCACCACAAUUUCUUGAUUAGAGCAAUGAAUAUGGUCCUCGUAUAGCUUAAUAAAUGUGUUUUCCCCUCAUUUUUUUUUUAAUUCGGGCGAUAAUGUUCAUGAUUUCAUGUUACGCAUGUAAGAUGGUGUGUAUCCCAUGUGUUAUUUAUGGAAUAUCUUCUUGGACCCUACUUGUAUAUUAUGCCUGUGAAUGUUUAGGUAUGUACCCACUCAAAGCCUGUAAGCAUCCUCGCUAUUAUUGUUUGUAUUGAGUCUGUAAAAGACAAUAAAUGAUUUUGUAUAUAUGAAUGACA